GUCUACAGGUUUCAGUGUCUCCAACUAUCUAUAGUAUAACAAAUGUGUAUAUUUCGUAAGCUAUUACUAAUGUUACUGCUAACUCUGCCAGGCAUAAUGGCUGAGUUGGUAAGGAGCUCCCGCUGCUCUGACUCAAGGAAGAUGAAUGAGCUGUGCGGUGGGCAUUGCUACAGCAUUGUGAAGCCACUGCUGGAAUAUGCUGGCUCCAUUCGAUCGAAGGAAAUGAAGUUCAACGAACUAAGCAAUAAGAUUCAACUUCUCGAAGCAACUAUCAAAACUCUAGAGACUCAGCUCGAUUCCAGUAAUGCGCAAAGAAAAUAUUGCUUAACCGGCGAGCAAUUGUUGGCCUCAAACCGGGCGCUGGUCGAUCAAAUUCAAGCUGCUGUAAUUACCAAGAAUAACAACGAUGAGCUAACGCAGAAAGACUCUGAAAUAUCGAAGCUCAAAAGUCUAGAAAUUGCAAAUGCGGCGAAAAUCAAACAACUGGAACAAAGUUUAGCCAAACAAGAAAAGGCAACGAACGAAAUUUCUUUGCUCUCAGACUGCAUAGGGAAAUCGAGGAAAAUACACAAACUAAGUGUUCCCAGCUCGAAUCGAAUUUUCGUGCCCUGUGAUUCGAGUCUAGCCGGCGCCGGUUGGAUAGUUAUUCAGCGUCGUCAAGAUGGAUCUGAGAACUUCAAUCGAUCCAUGAAGGAAUAUCGUGCGGGCUUCGGCAAUCUUGCCAACGAAUUUUUCCUAGGCCUCGAUCGGCUCUACCUCCUGACGAAAUCCUGGCAGCACGAGUUGUAUAUUUACCUGAAGAACUUCAACAACGAAGUGAGCUAUGCACGCUAUAGUAAUUUCCGCAUUGGCGACCAGAAUGAAAACUUCGCACUGAAAUCAUUGGGAAACUAUUCGGGAAACGCCAGUGACGCUAUGAGUGUCCAACUCAAUAUGCAAUUCUCAGCAUAUGACGCAGAUCACGACAAGAGCUCCAUAAAUUGUGCAAAAACUUUUAAGUCUGGUUGGUGGUUUAACAAUUGCUAUAGCAGUAAUUUAAAUGGAGAAUACAAACAGGCGAAUAAUUUCGGCGGAAUUGCUUGGACUGAUUGGGACAUUUACUCACUGAAAUUUGUGCAAAUGAUGAUCAGGCCAAUGGCAGAAGAAUAA